CUCUGAGUGGUCUCCUCUCCCUUCCCAGCAGUGCCUGGUUGGAGAUGGGGUCCCAGGUCUCAGUGGACACGGGUGCACUGCAUGUGGUGAUCGUGGGCGGGGGCUUCGGUGGGAUCGCGGCGGCCAGCCAGCUGCAGACGCUGAACGUGCCCUUCAUGCUGGUGGACAUGAAGGACUCCUUCCACCACAACGUGGCAGCGCUCCGGGCUUCUGUGGAGAGUGGGUUUGCCAAAAAGACUUUCAUCUCCUACUCUGUGACCUUCAAGGACAAUUUCCGGCAGGGCUUGGUGGUGGGGAUAGACCUGAAGAAUCAGACGGUGUUGCUGCAGAGUGGCGAGGCCCUGCCCUUCUCACAUCUGAUUCUAGCCACCGGCAGCACCGGGCCCUUUCCUGGCAAAUUUAAUGAGGUUUCUAGCCAGCAGGCCGCCAUCCAGGCCUAUGAGGACAUGGUGAGACAGGUCCAGCGCUCACAGUUCAUCGUGGUAGUGGGAGGAGGCUCUGCGGGAGUGGAGAUGGCAGCAGAGAUCAAAACGGAGUACCCCGAGAAAGAGGUCACCCUCAUUCAUUCCCAAGUACCCCUGGCUGACAAAGAGCUCCUGCCCUGUGUCCGGCAGGAAGUGAAGGAGAUCCUCCUCCGGAAGGGCGUGCAGCUGCUGCUGAGUGAGCGGGUGAUCAACCUGGAGCAGCUGCCUCUCAAUGAGUAUCGAGAGUACAUCAAAGUGCAGACGGACAAAGGCACGGAGGUGGCCACCAACCUGGUGCUUCUCUGCAAUGGUAUCAAGGUCAACAGCUCUGCCUACCGGGAUGCAUUUGAGAAUAGACUGGCCAGCAAUGGUGCUCUGAGAGUGAACGAGUACCUCCAGGUGGAGGGCUAUAGCAACGUCUACGCCAUUGGUGACUGUGCCGACGUGCGGGAGCCCAAGAUGGCCUAUCAUGCUGGCCUCCAUGCCAACGUUGCUGUCACCAACAUCGUCAACUCCAUGAAACAGAGGCCCCUGAAGGCCUACAAGCCAGGUGCGCUGACCUUCCUCCUGUCCAUGGGGAGGAAUGACGGUGUGGGCCAGAUCAGUGGCUUCUACGUGGGUCGGCUCAUGGUUCGGCUGGCCAAGAGCCGGGACCUGUUCGUCUCCACAAGCUGGAAGACCAUGAGGCAGUCCCCACCCUGAUGAGGAGGCCUGGUCGAGACCAGGUGCCAUUGUAGGUGGUGAAUGGACUGCUUGCCAGAGGGCACCACCUGGCAGUGCCGGGGGGGCAGAAGCUCUCUUCUAGAGUAAGAGGCCAACGACGUAGUGACUGGAUACUGGAUACACAACUGUAAAACUAAAAGUGGGAGGGGGGAGGGGAUAGAAAGAAGGAGAGGAAGAUUAAAAAAAAAAAAAGACAGCCCCCAGGGCAUUUUCCCCUGGGUUGCAAAGAUGUGUUUGCAGCUGUGGGGUGUGGGAUGUUAGCUGGAUGGUCCUGAGGAGGCACAGCUGGCCUUCUGCACCCCAGGCUGCUCGGAUGUGUAUGUGCGCGCAUUUGUGUACCUGGGCCGGGGACAUUUGGAGGUCUCAGAGGGCAGAGAGCGGGGCUCUGGGUGGCCUCCAUCAGUGGAAGGAGGCAAAGUCUGAAAGCAAUACCCCUGAGUCUGGGGAGCCGGGGUGGAAAUGGCCUGCACUCCGAACCUCUCCCCUCACCUCCAGGGUGGGGAAACCAUGUCUCCUCCAGCAGCCAGGUUGUUAAUAGCAGCCCAGUUCCGAACUCCCUUACUCAGGGUUCGUCCUUAAUAUUCUUUUAAUCUUCGCAGACCUUUCCACAUUUCUAUUGUUAGAUCCUAACUGUAUAUCAUAGGUUCCAUUUAAGACGAAUCAAAGUUUCCCUCCUUGUGGCCAUCCUCAGAUUGUGAGGUUCUAUAAAGCUAACGGGUAAGACUAAAGUCUGGCCUGCCAGCCUUGGAGGCAUUAAAGCAGCAUCCGAGAGACCAGGCUCCUUGGUAUUGGGUCGCCUGCAGGAGACAGAGGGGCAUUCAGCACUGUAUCUCCAGGUCAUUGUCAUGGGCAUACUUGUAAGUGACAAAAUCCUAGCUGAUGCUGUGGUAAGAAGCAGGGUCUGGAGGGACUUCAUGCUUCUGAUUUGUUGGCUACCCAGUGUCAUUUUCCGGAGUCCUAGCUAUGUGGCAGUCAUGUGCACCACCAACUGACCUUCUGAUAGGGAGAAGCCUGUUCUGGAUCACCUGGUUUGAAUCUCCAUGGCAGAAGUGGUUGCUGAGUUCGUCUGAACAGAUACAGGCCCUGACUGCCCUGCCCUCAUCUUCCUACUCCCCCGCCAGCUUUUGAUGGUGGACCCUGGGUAUCUGGACAGUCUUCAGGACACCAGCUUCACUGGGGUCCUCAGCCUAUCCCCUGUCUAGGCUGUGGCCCCCUGUCUGGGCUGUGACCCCUAAGUCUGGGCCAUUGUGUCGCUUAGGCCUAAGUGAGAAUAUACCUUCUUCCCAGAGCAUGGUUACCCCUCCUGUACCUUUUUAUCCAAGGCUUUGUUCUUCGGGACGUGUCUAUAGGCCCGCCCCUCCCAGGAGCAGGACCUGCGGCCUGAGAAACAGGCCUUGGUGCUGUCCGACUUGGGGCCCGGCAUGGCGGGAAUCUCAGCCCGCUAGCAGCAGCAGGCUUUGUUCUAGUGACUUCUGACAGUCUAGAGGUAGCCAUUCCCGGGGUCAUGGAUUUCCAAAGUAAAAAUGCAAUAAAAGAGUAUGUUGUAAGAAAGACA